GCCGGACGGUUGUUGGGGUUAUGGUGUCGUGCGGGACCUGAGGGGUGGUGGGCGCAGGGAUGGCGGAGCAGCGGCGUGGCCUGUUGCGGUUAGCAGUGUUACAGGAGCUGCGCGUUUCCUACGGGAUCAAAGUGAAGAGCGGGGCCUGCUUGGCGGCGGCGAAGCAACCCGCGGCGGCGGCGGCCGCAGAGGGUAAAAUCUUUGGAACAUCUUUUUAUGCGCUGCCACAAUCACUGGUGCCAGAAUAUGGAUAUAUUCCCAGCUUUCUCGUUGAUGCCUGUGAAUAUCUGGAAGAGCAUGUUCAAACCGAAGGACUCUUUAGAAAGUCUGGAUCUCUGGUUCGUUUAAAAGCCUUAAAGAGUAAGCUGGAUCAAGGUGAGAACUGCCUCUCAGCUGCACUACCGUGUGAUGUUGCAGGGCUGCUUAAGCAGUUCUUCAGAGAGCUGCCAGAACCCAUCCUUCCAUCUCAUCUACAAGAUGGCCUUCUCAAAGCUCAGCAGCUAGCAAACGGGAAGAAAGCUGCAACUAUGUUGCUUUCGUGCUUAAUGACUGACAGAACAAUUGAAACUCUGCGAUACUUCUUCAACUUUCUGAGAACUGUGUCCUCAAGAUCUAAUGAAAACAGAAUGGAUAGUGGCAACCUGGCAGUGAUUUUUGCUCCCAACCUCUUGCAUUCAAAUGAAAAUGAGAAGCUGUCAACAAGUACUGAAAAAAAGAUCCGUUUGCAGGCUGCUGUGGUGCAGACAUUCAUCGAUCACGCAGAAGAAAUUGGACAGGUACCAGAAUUUAUCUUGGAGAAGAUUCCUGCAAUGUUAGGUGUUGAUCCCUUUCAGUCUACUCCCUCAUUGAGGGGCUAUGAAGACAGUGAAAAUGAAUCUCCCAGUGAAUGUAAGAGGAGGAGACACCGAAGCGUUGGGGUCCUUUCAUCUGUGACUCCAGUGGUUCUCACUCCAAGUACUAAGCGUAAGCUUCCAGCUGAUUGCUCUCAGGGCUUGUCCAGUAAGAAGAGAAGAUCUUUUAAGCACGGUUUUGGUUUUGAGUUGUUACCAAGUAGUAUUUUUAACAGCAGCUCCACACCAGCAUCAGUUCAGUUUGAAGCAAGCCCUUGUGUGUCUCUUGAGUCACCUCAAACUUCAUUAUCUCCUUCAACGUGUGGUGAAAAUCAUUUGUCUAGCACAGGGAACAGAAGAAGUAAAAGAUUUGCAAGCAAAAAGUUGUACAGGGCUGAAUCAGGAAAAACAGGUUGCUUUUCUCCAAAGAUUAGCCGAAAAGAAAUGGUUCGUAGGUCAUUACGCUUGAAGUUUGGUUUGGGCAAAAGCAGUAGGGAUGUGAAUGUUGCAUCAGGAUGUGCAGUUGGUAAUAGAGCUGAAAAUAUUGGAAGGCGUCUUGCAAGCCAACAAAGUUUGGAAAGCGGAGCUGAAUGUGCAAAAAGAGGUGUACUCUUCAGCCCAUGUAUCAAUGAAAAAGUCUGUAAGAAAGGUUCAAAGAAUGUGAGCAAGUCAGAAGAAAACUUGUUAACUCCAAAAUGCCGCAACAAAGCUGUUUACAGAAUGUCAUGGAAUAGUCCUACUGUUACAGAUUCUCAGGAGAUCAGCAGCAAUGAGGGAAUUCUGCCAGAAAAUAGUUCUUCAGAAUCUGCUUUCCUAUUUGAAAAGCCACCGGUUCUUCCAGAUGAAUGCAGACUUACAGCUGAAGAGCAACAAGACAGCAGGUUAAAGCUUUGUGAAGAAGCAAAUAACUUAACUGCAGAAACAUUACUGAAAGUUAAACAAGCUUUCUCUGUGUCUGGAAGUAAUCUUCACAAUCUGAGAGCUGAUACAAAGUCGUCUUUCUCAGGUGUAACAGAUGAAACAUUAAAGGAAACUCCGUGUCUCACAGGACUCAGUCCAGAGAAAGAACUGGUAGCUGGAGCUUCUUGCAGUCCAGCAAAGGUAGAGUCCAGAGAGCUGUUCCACCAACAGUGUCAAUCCUAUGCUACUGAUAAGCAGCAACCAAAAAAAGAUGAAAUUAAAACUUUAGAGAAAAAAAGCUUCCGAACUUCUAUUGAGAUUGAACUUCAGAUCCAGAAACCAGAUAUAAGAAAUGUAAUAGAACUUCCUGUGACGCAGGUACUAGCCAGAGAAGACAAUUUGACUGUUCAGAAUAGUUCAUCAAAAGAUGACUUAAAAAACUUAGAUUCCUUUGGAAGAAAGGAGGAAGUAGAGCUAACGCAUUCACAAACAGCUGAAAACGGUACGGUACAUUGCUGUAAUUCAGACGAAGGUACUGCUAAACUACCAGGGGCAGGACAGCUUCCUGCCUUGCAGUUGCCGGUAUCAGGAAAUGAAGUGGGCAACCAAUACUUGCAGGGUGAAAAUUCUGCUAAAACUUUGACUAAGGCAUCAACUUUUCCUGACCAUGGAAAGGUUUCUGACCACAUACAGUGGUUUAACAAGCUUUCAUUAAAUGACCCAAGUUCUGCAAGCAAAACUAAGCCACCUCUUAAAUUCCAACGUACUCCUGUUCGACAGUCUGUAAGAAGAAUGAAUUCCUUAUUGGAGGCUAACAAAAGAUCUAUAAGCUUUCAGCUCGGUAUAGCUAAUAAUGUUGGUUCACCACUUGUAAAAUCUUUGAGCUGUGAUUCUGCACUCUCCUCCUGCACAGAAAAACCCAAUAAGAAUUCCAGUGCUUUGUCACUCAGGAGCGAAAGUACAUUUGACCAAGUUUCUACAUCUCAUAGUCAGCUUGACUUAGCAUCCAAACCGCGCUGCAGACAUCUAUAUCUGUCAGACAAGUCUGAUGGUUCUGUAAGAACUACUGGAAUCUACAGACAGAAAGUGACUGUUCAGCCAUCAAAGAAUGUUCUGGAAGAUCUAACCAAUCAGGAAACAGUGAAAUCGUGCUUAAAAGUUAAUGCAGAUAUAAAUAUUUCAGAUUUUGCUCCAGAAAAGUCUACAAUCACAAGAAGUGCUUCGGGAAAAGAAAAAGCUCGUUAUAGAGGCUCUCCAAAGAAUCCGAUAUCUAAAGUGAAACUGCUACCAACUGCAAAACCGGUAGACUUAUAGGAUUAAUUAUGGUUGUGAAAUGGGCUUACUGUAAUUUGGUUAACUUUUGGGAAAAUAUACCUUGUUUUUGUGAUUUGUACAAGUCUAUACCUUGUACAUAACACUUUGGGGUUUAAGUUGAGGUGGGUUUUUUUUACUUAUGCUUCUUUUAUAACUGCUAGUCAGUUUGUUCAAAUUGAUUUGAAUUUUUUUAGUGUUUUUACAAAUGUUUGCAUUUGUUGUUUGUUUACCUCAGCUUCUAAAAGCACACUGUGUGUCCCAAAAUAAAUCUUGCAGCAUUUAGACUAAACACCAGUUACAAACAGACCUAACAGACCUGUGAAGAGUGUGUCUUGGGUGCUGGAUCUUGUUGAUUUCCUUUCCUUCCUAGUUUCAAAUGUAUUGUAGCACUAUUUUGGUAUUUAAGUUGGGCCUAUUACCAAUUCUACUUUUAAGAAAUUUUCUUUAUUUCUAUUGGGGUAAAUCCUCAAGCAGUGAAAAGUCUUAACAUUUCUUCAGGCAACGCUUUCUGUAAAAUGUACCGAGUAUCUUCAGCUGUGGGCAGUAAAAUGUUACACAAUGAAAAGACAGUCUUAACUUAUUUCUAGAGCAAUAGAAUAGUGUGAACUGGAUGGUGCAGAAGAUGACUUUAGAUGCUGAUGCUGAUGUUGCAAGGGGGGAUGAUUGUAUGAAGCCAUAGUCUGUCAAAAGUUGAUUUGCACAAGUAAUUGUUUACAUCUUUUGAAAUGAAAACUGUUUGUCAUCAGUUGUAAAAUUAUUUGAGUGAACACUUGAAACUGUGUUAGCUUUCUGUAUGUGCAAAUUGUUUGGCAAAAUGUAAGAGCUGAAAGCACUGGAUACUUCUGGUUUUAAUAAAACCAUGGGUUUUGUUCCUUC